GCACAGCUCCCCCGCUCACUCAGUCCCCUGGAGGCGCUGAUGACCGGGGAAGAUUCUGUCCAGCUAGGAUAUACAAAGUGCACCCAUUGUUAGCCUAGAUAGCGCGUUAUGUCUCACAGCACAUAAAUAAAUAUUCCCCAGAACACAGAGCACCAGGCAGCACCACGACCAGCGCCGCUACGCCUCCGGAUGACGGGAUAAUGGCGGAUAAGUAAAGUGACGGCGAAGCUCUUGGUGGUGGGCUGGUCUAAUGGCGGCGGGGAAGGAGGGAGAGAGAGAGUGAAUAUUUGUGCCGCCCUUCGCAAUGGACGCCGCCGCCCCUUCCUCGAGUGGUGCCGCGGGUCAGGGCACCACCACGGCACCCUCCACCGCAUCCUCCACAGCACCACAGAAGCCAAAGAUUGAUCCGCUGCAGCUUUUGAAAUGCCUCAGUAUCCUGUUGAACACGCGUGGGGGCAUCAGAGGCGUGGCCGAGGUGCAUCGUGUGAAAGGGCUGAUGACCAAAUACUCCAAGAAGCUGGUGAGCAAGUGUAUAUACCUCAACAUCCUGCAGGCCACCGACACCCCCCUGCUCGACCUGUUCUACGAGGAGGGCGGGUGGGAGCUGGUUGGGGCGUGGCUGCAGGAGGCGGUGCUGGGAAGAAACUGGCCGCUCACCACUCAGGUGCUCACCCUGAUGGAGGCCUCGCCCCUCACCCUGGCCAGGCUGAAGCGUAACUCCACGCCUAUGCUAGUGAAGGACCUCUCCAGGGUGACCCAGGCCCCAGGUGAGUGGGGGGAGGGCACGGGUGAGUGGGUGGACUGCUGGGGUGCUGACACACAUGCGGACGCUGAAGGUGACGGGGAGGCGGAGCAGUACACGGCGGGGUGUGUUGCAGGCGUGCAGCUGGUGGCCAAGAGACUGGUGCAGAAGUGGAUGGAGGUGGUACGUCAGGGGGACAGCGUGGCGGCCGCGGCCGGCAUGGGCCUCUCCGCCGCUUCCCUCGCCACGGCCUCCGCGGCGGCACCCUCCACCACCGUCGCCGUCACCACCACCACCCUGACGACGGCCCCGGCGACGACGACGCCAACUGUGGGCGUGGCCCCCAUGCAGGUCCAGACCCCCGCCGCCGCGCCUGCCGCAGCCACCACCGGGGAGGGCGCGGAGGGCAGCUCAUCCGCGGAUGAGGAGUCUUCCAAUGCUUCGACAGAAAGCGAGGCGGCCGCCGCCCCUGCCGCAACCACGCCCAUCCGCAUCACCAUCCGGAGCGGGUCGCAGGUGCUGGCCAAGGUCACCUCGCAGCGGCCCAGCCAGGACUCCACCGACAGUGACGACAACAAGCCUCUCAGCGUCAUCCGAGAGGAGGUGCAGCUGCAGCCUCGAUCCUCUGCGGACCCUGCUGCCUCCUCACCCACCACCACCACCACUGCCACCACAACCACCACCGCUGCAGGGUCGCAAUCCACCACCGCCACCACCAGCGCGGUACACACCAUUGUUACCUUCACGGGGCCUGCCGCCCCCACCACCACCCCUACAACGUUACCUACAACCACCACCGCCGCAGAGAACGACAGUAUCGCUGCAGAGUCCACCGCCAAAACCAAAACCAAAGGCGACACAAAAGAACCGGUCAUCGCCGGGGCCGAGUCUUCCGGCAACAGCUCAGACUCGGGCGUCGCGGAGAAGCCCGGUAGCGUGUCCGACGAGUGCGACGGCAUGAUGAACGGCGACGCGACGGAGGCCGAGAAGCAGGCGGAGGAGGCCAAGAGCGAAGUUAAACGAGGCCGGGGCAGGAAGACGAAGGAUCGGGACACUGGGAAGGAGAAGGAAAAGGAGAAGGAGAAAGAAAAAGAGAAGGAAAAGGAGCAUCAUAAUAAGAGAUCAGAGAAGAAGGACAAAGAACGUAGUAAAAGCAGCAGUAAGAGCAGCAGCAGCAGCGAUAAGGAUAAGGACCGGGAGAAGAGCAAGGACUCCCGCAGCGACAGGCACCGGGGCAGCCGUGACAAGGACAGGAAGGACAGGGACCGUAGGGGUAGUAGUAGCAGCAGCAGCAGCAGUAAAAAGAGUAGCAGCAAGGAUAAGGACCGGGACAAAGACCGGGACAAGGACCGUGACAAGAAGGACAAGGACAAGGAGAAGAAGCGGCAGGAGAGCGAGGACAAGGCCACGCUGGAGAAGGUGAAGCCCCUGCCCGUGGAAGGCCUCGCCAAGAUACCCCGCAAGUCCGCGCCGCCCACCUUCCUCGACGCCCUGGGAUCCGCGGACGCCGACCUUCAGCCCAAGAAGACGUCCACCGUCAAGACCUACAAGUCGCGAGGGUUCCGCAAUACCGGCCUGCUGGACGAGCCCGCGCUGCCGCCCAAGAAGGCGUCGGACAACAAGAAGGCCACGACGGGAGCAGCAGCGAGUGUGAAGCGCGGGCCCCAGGAGGACCUCACCCUCACGCCCCCGGACAAGCGAGUGCGGUCGUCCGUGUCGUCUCAGCCCCUCACCGCGGACAAGCCCGGCGGCGUGAAGCUCAUCUCGCCCAAACGAC